AUGUCCCGGCACAUCUACAGCAGACACGGGCUGCCGGACGGAGCGCACAAGACAGCUUUUCAGAUGAACGCGGGUACGUACUCCCGAAGGAGUCGACUCAAGCGGUCGGAUGGCAGCACCACGUCCACCAGCUUCAUCCUCAGACAGGGUUCAGCCGACUCAUACACGAGCCGACCAUCCGACUCAGACGUUUCCCUGGAGGAGGACAAGGAGGGCGGUCGGCAGGAGCGCGAGCAGCAGGCCCGGCUCCAGCUAGAUAGGGCCAAGAGCAAAGCGGUGGCGUUCGCCGUGAGGACAAACGUCAGCUACUGCGGUGCUCUAGACCAGGAUGUCCCCGUGGGAGGCAGUGCCAUCUCCUUUGAUGCCAAGGACUUUCUCCAUAUCAAGGAGAAGUACAACAACGAUUGGUGGAUCGGUCGUCUGGUGAAGGAAGGUUGCGAUGUGGGCUUCAUUCCGAGUCCCCUCAAGUUGGAAAACGUUCGCCUGCAGCACGAGAACAAGCAAGGACGCCUCCACAGCAGUCACAACAAGUCUGGCGGGACCUCAUCAUCCAGUUUAGGAGACAUCAUGUCAGGAACCUUCAAGACUACACCCAACAGUGCAGCAAAGCCGAAACAAAAAUUGGCGGAGAAUGUGCCCCCGUAUGAUGUGGUUCCCUCCAUGAGGCCGGUGGUCCUGGUGGGCCCCUCGCUAAAAGGCUUUGAGGUGACUGACAUGAUGCAAAAGGCGCUCUUCGACUUCCUGAAACACAGGUUUGAAGGCAGGAUUUCCAUCACCAGGGUGACCGCCGACAUCUCGCUGGCAAAGAGGUCGCUACUCAACAACCCCUCCAAGCGCGUUGUCAUUGAAAGGGCCAACACGCGCUCCAGCGUCGCCGAGGUGCAGAGCGAGAUCGAGCGCAUCUUCGAGCUGGCACGUUCGCUGCAGCUUGUGGUGCUGGACGCCGACACGGUCAACCACCCGGCGCAGCUCGUCAAGACCUCGUUGGCGCCCAUCCUGGUCCACGUUAAAGUGUCCUCGUCCAAAGUUCUCCAGCGUCUGAUCAAGUCUCGAGGCAAAUCUCAAAGCAAGCACUUGACCGUGCAGCUGGUGGCGGCCGAAAAACUCGCUCAGUGUCCGUCUGAAAUGUUUGAUAUCAUCCUGGAUGAGAAUCAGCUGGAGGAUGCCUGCGAGCAUCUUGCCGAAUACCUGGAGGCCUACUGGAGAGCCGCACAUGCCCCCGCUAAUGACACUGCACCGGGACGCAGCUUGAGUGCCACGGCCCUCUCACCAUAUCCAACUGCUAUUCAGGCACAACGUAACUUCAACGUGACUCCGGGCGCCACCACAUCACCUGCGGAGCGUCGCAGCUUAAUGCCAGCCGACCAAAACCUGCAAAAUGAGCGGGCCGGAAUCAGUCGCCGCCGGUUGUCAUCGGGUUCCUGGCGUGGCCACGACCAGUCCCUUCAGGCGGAGGAGGACCCCUUCCUCCGGGACCCCUACCAGGACUCGUACCAGCCUCACCGGAAUCCAGGUCGCAGACUCUGA